CGGGGGUUUCACCUCCCCAAGCAGCCAUUUUACGAUUCUGCCCCUCACCUCACUCGUCCGCCACCACGAUCGGCGCCGCCGCCCGCCUCCCCCUCCUCUCGGACGGAGGCCAACCAGGGCGAAUGGCUGCGCCGGCGAGCGACGACGAAAGCAAGGACGUGGACGCCUUCCUGUCGUCGUGCGCGGCGUCGGGCGAGGCCGCGUAUGCCGCCGCUGAGGCCGUGCUCGAGCGCCUCCAGGCCCGCGCCUCCCGCGCCGCGGCCCGACGCCUCCUCGGCGCCGUCCGCCGCCGCUUCGACGCCGGGCAGGAGCACCGCUUCCUCACCUUCCACUUCCGCGACGUCGUCGUCGACCCCCACAUCCGAGGGUUCCAGCAAAGCACGAAGCUAACAAUGAUGGAGAUACCUAGCAUUUUCACUCCUGAAGAUUGGUCCUUCGCUUUUUAUGAGGGCCUUAAUCAGCAUCAAGAUUCCACUUCCAGGGAUAAGACGUAUGGAGAGCUGGGGUGUGGCAGUGGUUGGAUAUCUAUUGCGCUUGCAGAGAAGUUGUCCCCUUUGAAGGUCUAUGGUCUGGAUAUUAACCCAAGGGCCAUCAAGAUUGCAUGGAUAAAUCUAUACUUGAAUGCCCUAGACGACAAUGGUCUCCCGGUCUAUGACAGGGAGGGAAAAACAUUGCUGGAUAGAGUUGAAUUCCAUGAAUCUGAUCUUCUUUCAUACUGUAUAGAUAACAAGAUAGAACUUGAUUGCAUUGUUGGCUGCAUACCACAGAUUCUUAACCCCAAUCCAGAGGCAAUGUCAAAGAUUAUGACUGAAAAUUCAAGUGAGAAGUUCUUGUACUCCUUGAGCAACUACUGUGCUCUUCAGGGUUUUUUUGAGGACCAGUUUGGCCUCGGGUUGAUUGCUCGGGCAGUUGAAGAAGGGAUAGCUGUCAUAAAGCCUAUGGGUAUCAUGAUAUUCAACAUAGGAGGCCGACCAGGUCAAGGUGUCUGUGAACGCCUAUUUCUACGCCGUGGAUUCCAUAUCAGUAAGCUCUGGCAAACAAAAAUUAUGCAGGCUGCCGACACUGAUAUUUCAGCUUUAGUUGAAAUUGAACAAAACAGCCCACAUCAAUUUGAAUUUUUUAUGGACCUUGUCGGGGAUCAGUCUGUCUCUGCACGCACAGCCCAGGCAUACAUGAAAUCUGGUGGCCGUGUUUCACAUGCUUUGUCUGUGUAUGGCUGUCAACUUCACAAACCCAUUCAGGUGAAGAAAUUGUUUGAGAUUCUUAAAGAUGGGUUCAAUGAAAUCAGCAGCUCCCUUGAUUUGUCCUUUGAUAAUGAUUUGGUUGCUGCUGAAAAAAUGGCCUUCCUAGUAUACCUUGCUAGUUUUUUGAAAGAGAAUAAGUCCAAUCCUUGUGAGCCUCCAUUUGGAUGUUUAAACUUCCGGAAUCUUGUUGCUGACUUUAUGAAGAGCUACUACAACAUCCCAUUAACUUCUGAUAAUGUUGCUGUAUUCCCUUCUCGUGCUGUUGCCAUAGAAAUUUCUCUUCGACUGUUCUCACCGGCGCUUGCAAUUGUGGAUGAACAUCUGACCAGACACUUGCCGAAACAAUGGUUAACAUCCUCAGCAAUUGAGGGAAGAGCAGAUUGUAACCAUGCUAAAGACACAGUCAUUGCAAUUGCAGCACCACGCCAAUCAGAUCUGCUGAUUGAGUUGAUCAGGAAACUGAAGCCUCAGGUGGUUGUUACUGGCCUGGCUAAGUUUGAGGCUAUCACGAGUGCUGCUCUAGUGAAUAUACUAAGUGCAACAAGAGAUGUUGGUUCCCGGCUGUUCGUAGAUAUUUCAGAGCAUCUGGAGUUGUCUAGCCCGCCAAACUCUAAUGGUGUGUUGAAGUAUCUUGCUGAGAACACCCUACCGUCGCAUGCAGUUAUACUCUGUGGUCUAGUAAAGGAUCAGGUUUAUUCUGAUCUGGAAGUUGGUUUUGCCAUAUCUGAGGAUGAAACUGUCUAUAAGGCAUUGUCACAAACUAUUGAGCUAUUGGAAGGACAUACUUCUGUGAUCAGCCAGCAAUAUUAUGGCUGUCUUUUUCGCGAGCUACUGGCGCUCCAAAUUGACAACCGGCAUGCACAGCGAGAGAGACAACCUGCAGAAGUGAUACCUCAGAAGAUGAUAGGAUUUUCUAAUUCAGCUAUGUCAACCCUAAAAGAAGCUGAAUUUUUCGUUCCUGAUUCCAAGGAAUCUAGUAUCAUUCAUAUGGAUCUAGACCGCAGCUUCUUGCCAGUACCUUCUGUGGUGAACACUUCCAUUUUUGAAAGUUUUGUUAGGCAGAACAUCACGGAUUCUGAAACUGAUGUUCAUUUCGGCAUUAAAAAGCUGGUGAAAUGUUGCUAUGGUGGUUUCCCAGGAGACCGUUAUGCUGACAGGUUAGAUGGCUUUGGUAUGGAAAUUAUCUAUGGAAGCACCUGUGUUGCACUCUUCAACAAGCUUGUUCUUUGCUGCGUGCAAGAACAAGGUACCUUCUUUUUCCCUUUGGGCACCAAUGGGCACUAUGUCUCAGCAGCAAAGUUUAUGAACGCAAACAUCUCGACCAUUCCAACAAAUUCAGAUUCAGGAUUCAAGAUUGAACCAAUGGCUCUAAACGAAGCUCUAAUCGAGGAAGAAAAUUGGGCCUGGGUCUAUAUUUCUGGCCCUACAAUUAACCCUUCUGGUUUCCUGUACAGUGACAAGGAGAUACGAGAUCUGCUUUCUAUUUGUGCUAUGCAUGGAGCUAGGGUAGUGAUAGAUACCUCCUUCUCUGGUCUGGAGUUCCAAACCGACCGCUGGGCUUGGAGAAAUUUGGAAAGAUUUUCUUAUAAUGUUUGCUUAGAUCCCCCAUUCACAGCUUUUAUGCUCGGAGAGCUGUCCCUUGGGCUGACUGCGACUGGCCUUGAUUUUGGGUUUUUAAUUUUCAAUGACCUGUCCGUCGUUGAACAUAAUCUUGCAAACUUGAGUCAGCCACAUAGCACAUUGAAGUACACUUUCAGAAAGCUAUUGGGUCUUAAGAACAAGAGGGAUCAACACUUCUCUAAUCUCAUCAUGGAGCAAAAGGAGACACUGAAAAAUCGUGCCAACCACUUGGCAAAGACACUUGUGAGCUGUGGCUGGGAUGUUCCUGGCUGUCAUGGUGGUAUCUCGAUGCUGGCGAAACCGACAGCCUACAUUGGCAAAUCAUUCAAGACUGAAGGUUUUGAAGGCACGCUCGAUGGUUGCAACAUCAGGGAAGCCAUUCUUAGAUCCACUGGACUGUGUAUAAGCAGUAGUAAAUGGACCGGGAUACCGGACUACUGCCGGUUCAGCUUUGCUUUAGAGAGCAGCGAAUUCAACCGGGCAAUGGGCUGCAUAACCAGGUUCAAAGAGUUUGUUCUGGGAGUCGACAUGCUCACAUGAAGGAUAGCUAGAGUGCUUCAUCAUGCUCAAACAAGUGGUUACUAUUCCGUUGAAAAGCGGUAAUAUUUUCCUUUCUACGACAAGGUUUUGGCUGGAAGAUGAUUCUUUUCUUUCUGGUAUCCGGUGGUUAUAGUUAUUUCAGAUUGAUUGUAUAAUGUCUCCUUGCCGUCGGUAUGAUUGUUGGCACUAGUUUAGAGACUAAAUCGGACUGGAUCGAAAGCUUGGAGUGCAAGAAGAAGAAACAACAACUGGAGAAUUGGGGAAGAUUUGUGCUCAGAUUGAUGCUGUGUGCUACUCCAAGCUUUCUAAUUAACCGAGGCAUGUCUUUUCCCUUGCUGACUGCUUCGUCAUAGUCCUUCACGUCCCCUUGAAUCUUGUUUUUUUUUUUGGGUAGUGGAAACCAUGAGUUACUUCCAACACACACACACACACACACACACACACACACCAAAAGAAGUGUCCAUGCAUGUAGCGCUAUUUGCGUUUAUUUCAUUUCAAGUUGAACCACAACAUGCAUGCAUUUUGUAUACAUAUUACAUGUAGGGUGUGGGAUCACAUCUGAACAUGAAUGCAUCCUGUUACAGUGGUACAGCACGUAUUUCAUUUCGUGGCUAUCGAACAUCUAGACGAGCCACGUAACUUUCUUGCUGCACUUCUGCUUCCAUGGCCAGAGCACGACGAGAACAGCAUCAAUCGCCUGCUGCUUGGUGUGGAUCCCGAUGCCGUCGUCAGGGUCGCCUAGUUUGGUGGCUUCUUUGCUCCCCUCCCACACGUCGUUGUUCUGCUUCGCCAGCAGCAGAGAGCACGAUAUGGCCUUCCAGUUGACCACCAGCAGAGAACGGACUUGAGAAGACUUUGCAGGGUGCACCGUGGCGCAUGCAUUGUAGCAGCUCCUUAUAUAGUGGAACUAGCUAGCUGCUCGGACCGGCGGAGGCAUGCAGACUGCUCAACAGUUGCUGCAUCGAUGAAGCAAUUCAGUUUCGAUCACCUACAUACUCCCACUCCGAGCUAGACACAGAUGGAAGCAUGGAGUAAUUCCCGGCGCGGUAUCCCUGCUACAUAUAUCUGGUGCAGCUAGCGUCUUUCCAUUCCAUGUUAAUGUCAGUAACUUGAAAGUUGAUGAAACUUGGAUCGUUUAGCAUCUUUCCUUUCCUAUGGGGAAGUUUUCACCU